AUUCCUUUUUCGAUUUUUUUUUUUUGGGGGUUUUCAUCAUCUCUUUUACUAGAUUCUCGACUUGGGUUUUGCUCUUCUUUUUGGAUUUUUUUUAAUAAAAUUUUUGUUUCACACAUUCACAUGCAUGUUCUUGGGUUUGUCUGAUCUGGAUUGGAUCACAAGGAUUUCUCGUUCUUUUUUGCUACUUGAAGGAGAGUGAGACAGAAAGAAGAGGGGUCUUUGGUGGGGUUCUGUGCCUUGGUCUCUUUUUGGAGCUUUCUUGCUUGCUUCGGAGGGUCGGAGGAGAAGCAAAAGAGAGGAUAAAGAAGAAAGAAAGACCAAGAAGAAGGGACAAAUAGACAGCUGGAUUGUGUGAAUUGUGUUAGGAUAUUGGGGGUUCAGAAUUGAGCAGGGAUCAUAGAUUGUAUGCUGAAUGGAGUUUUGUCAUUGAAAGUCGAAUUAGGUCUUAAUUUUGUGUGCUAUUCUUGGGGUUUAUAGCAUAUAUACUCCCCAGUCAUGGCAGGUAUUGAUAUUUCAAAGUAUGCCCAUAGCCCUGUGCACAAGGCCAUUGCCAUGAGAGAUCAUGCCGGUCUCAGUGAGUUACUGGCAGGUCUUCCACGUCCUUGUAACCCAACUGAGAUUCAUACUGAAGCAGCCUCAUUGACCGAGGAAGUGAAGGCUGAUGCCAUUUCUGCUGUGAUUGAUAGGAGGGAUGUCCCAAAUCGGGACACUCCUCUUCACUUGGCUGUCAAACUUGGGGAUGAAACUGCAACUGAAAUGCUUAUGGUUGCUGGGGCUGAUUGGAGCUUACAAAAUGAACAAGGAUGGAGUGCACUCCAAGAAGCAAUUUGCAAUAGAGAGGAAGCAAUUGCCACGAUUAUAGUUCGGCAUUACCAGCCAUUGGCAUGGGCAAAAUGGUGUAGAAGGCUGCCUCGAUUGGUGGGAACUAUGAGCAGGAUGAGGGACUUUUACAUGGAGAUCACAUUCCACUUUGAGAGUUCUGUCAUACCUUUCAUUUCAAGGAUUGCCCCUUCGGAUACAUAUAAAAUUUGGAAAAGGGGUGCAAAUCUGAGGGCAGAUAUGACUUUGGCCGGAUUUGAUGGAUUUAGGAUUCAGCGAUCAGAUCAGAGUAUUCUCUUCCUGGGUGAUGGGUCUGAGGAUGGGAAGUUUCCUCCUGGAACACUUUGUAUGAUCUCACAUAAGGAUAAAGAAAUAAUGAAUGCUUUGGAUGGCGCUGGUUCUCAAGCAUCUGAAGAAGAGGUUCGGCAAGAAGUAGCUACAAUGUCUCAGACCAAUAUAUUCAGGCCUGGAAUAGAUGUGACACAAGCUGUCCUUUUCCCACAACUGACGUGGAGGCGACAGGAGAAAACAGAAAUGGUUGGCCCUUGGAAGGCUAGGGUGUAUGAUAUGCACAAUGUGGUUGUUAGCAUCAAAUCAAGGGGGGUCCCUGGGGCUAUGACAGAUGAAGAAUUUUUUUCAAACUGCAAUGAAAAUGAAACAGAGAAUGAAGAGCUUGAUGAAAUUUUGACAGAAGAUGAGAGAAGACAACUUGAAGUGGCACUUAAAUUGGAUUCUUCAGAACCUAGUGAAAAUGGUGAGGGCAUUAUUGGGCACCGCCAUAGUUGCUAUGAGCAUAGGGAGAUUCCUAUUGAAGAUAUGAAUGGUAGUAGAAAUGGAGAGGUCAAGCAGGAAAAGAAAGGUUGGUUUGGUGGAUGGAGAAAGCGGGAGUCUAAGCAUGAAGCGCAGAAGAAGAAUGUGCCACCAAGAAGUUCACUUUGUGCAGAUGAGAAGGUGAGUGAUCUACUAGGGGAUUCGCCAUCGGGAAGCCAGAUCAGACCAGGUAGACAUUCUGUGGAAAUUGCGUCAAGAGAUGAGCUUAGGAGAGGAAGAGACUUGAAACCACUUCAAACACCUUCUUCCACGAGUUCUGAGAGUGGAAAUCGACGUAAGGAUAGCAGCCGUGAGAAUGAGUAUAAGAAAGGAUUAAGGCCUGUUCUCUGGCUUUCACCUAACUUUCCAUUACAAACUGAAGAGCUAAUGCCUUUGCUAGACAUUCUUGCAAACAAGGUUAAGGCAAUUCGUCGUUUGAGAGAGUUACUCACAACAAAACUUCCUGCAGGAACCUUUCCAGUCAAGGUUGCUAUCCCGGUGGUUCCCACAAUUAAAGUAUUGGUUACGUUUACAAAGUUUGAAGAACUGCAGCCAGUAGAUGAGUUUGCAACUCCCCCUUCAAGUCCAACUGCAGGCCGAGAGAGCCCUGCAGUGUCACUUUCCUCAACUUCAUCUUGGUUUCAGUGGAUAAAGGCCCCAUACCACCGUUCUGGGUCAUCAAACUGUAGUUCUAGCAAUAGAAUAGAAAACAUUCAAGAUCCCUUUGCAAUUCCACCAGAUUAUACUUGGAUCUCAGCUGAAGCGAAGAAAAAGAAGAUGCAAGAGAAGAGCAAGUCAAAAAAAGCUAGGAGUCAUCAUCAAAGAACUCAGGAUUGAGAUGUAAAAUAAGUUUUAGCUUGCGAAAGGAAGCUGGUACAAAACAAGUAGGAAAACAGCGUUCUCAUUCGUCCAUAAAAUUGUGAUUGUUGAUGAAAAAGAAAGUUGGGGAUAUACUCCUGGGUUGAAAUGCAUGGUGAUCCCCAUUGUCAAGGGAAAUUUUGGUAUAUCAUUGUGGGGGUGGAUAAAAAGGGUAAAAAAAAUUGUGAUUCUUACAGCAAUUCAUUUGGCAUUGGAUGGGAUAUUACAGGGUUAGAGAACUGAUUCACUUCCAUUUGUGUUACAAAUAUUGACUAGUUACUGACAGAAUUGGACGACUUACAUUUCAUCUGAAAGUGUUGAAUGUUAGUCCUUUGCUGGUUUAGUAUUUUUCUGGGGGAAUCUUCUCCUAUGUUAUGUUUUCCUCAUUCUAUUUCUGGGGUGCUCGUGUAUGUUGUAUUGUAAAACAAUCUUAGCGAUCUGUAAUUGAAAAAGACGGGAAUUCAUGAUGAUAAUUUUUGCCUUUUAGUUUUAGUACUCCCUUUUGCUUCAUUGCU